UUUGCGGCUGGGUCGUGCGUCACUUCCGUUGUCAGGUCGGGGCUCCGGUGGUCGGCGAGGUUUUGACGGGAUGGAGUCCGCUGCAGCCGCGCCGACCUUCGCCUCCUUCCGCGGGCAACGGGCCCCUUGCGGGCAGCGCCCGGCGUCGGCCGACUUCCCUGGGAUAUAAUUGCAGAGCGUUCGGUGGGAGAGGCCUGACCGGCGGAUCGGAUCCACAGCUGCAGCCGCGGGGCCUGGAAUGAGAGGCGGGGACCGGCGGUAGAGAGGGGGGGGGGCGCCGGCCUUGCCAGCCGAGAAUUGGAGGAGGAAGAUGAAGAGGCGAGCGCUGGACAGAGGAGCCGGUGAAUCCUCGGCACAAUCCAAAGCUCUUUGUACAGGGAUCUCUGGGAGCAACAGUAAAAGGGCUGGGCCAUUCAUCCUAGGUCCUCGUUUAGGAAAUUCACCUGUUCAGAGCAUUGUUCAAUGUUUGGCGAGGAAAGAUGGAACAGAUGACUUCUAUCAAUUAAAAAUUCUGACUCUUGAAGAUAGAGGUGAAGGAAUGGAAACUCAGGAAGAAAGACAAGGAAAGAUGCUUUUACAUACAGAGUACUCCCUUCUGUCCUUGCUUCACAGUCAAGAUGGAGUGGUGCAUCACCAUGGGCUAUUUCAGGAUAGAGCUGUUGUGGAAGAGUUUGAAUCAAACAAGCUUAUACGGAGGAUGAAGAAAAGAAUCUGUUUAGUUCUCGACUGCCUCUGUGCUCAUGACUUCAGUGACAAAACAGCUGAUCUCAUAAAUCUGCAACAUUAUGUCAUUAAAGAGAAGAGGCUCAGUGAGCGUGAAACAAUUGCAAUAUUUUAUGAUGUGGUACGGGUAGUGGAAGCUUUACACAAGAAGAACAUUGUGCAUAGGGAUCUGAAGCUCGGGAACAUGGUGCUAAAUAAAAGGACCCAUAGAAUCACCAUCACUAACUUCUGCCUAGGAAAGCAUCUAGUUAGCGAGGAUGAUUUACUCAAAGAUCAGCGAGGAAGCCCUGCCUACAUCAGCCCUGAUGUACUGAGUGGUCGGCCAUAUAGGGGCAAGCCCAGUGACAUGUGGGCACUAGGUGUGGUGCUCUUCACAAUGCUUUAUGGGCAGUUCCCAUUUUAUGACAGCAUACCUCAGGAGCUUUUCAGGAAAAUCAAAGCAGCAGAAUACACCAUCCCCGAAGACUGCCGUGUUUCGGAAAACACGGUUUGUUUGAUUCAGAAAUUGCUGCUUCUGGACCCACAGCAAAGGCUGACAGCAACUGAAGUGCUGGAUUCAUUGAGCUCCAUCAUAGCUACGUGGCAGUCUCUUUCGUCACUUAGUGGUCCUUUACAGGUGGUGCCAGAUAUUGAUGACCAAGUCAACAAUCCAGAAAUUUUACAGGAGGCAAAAGUCACAGAAGAGUCAUCACAGUAUGAAUUUGAAAACUACAUGCGGCAGCAGUUAAUGCUGGCUGAGGGAAACACUAUGCACGAGGUGAAGAGUUUUGCACAGAAGAGACAGUUCAGCAACAUCCCGCCAGUGAGGCGGCUGGGCCACGAUGCCCAGCCCAUAAAUCCUCUCGAUGCAGCAAUCCUUGCUCAGCGCUACUUGCGGAAAUGAUGGGCAGAAGCAGGGCAGGAAUCUCCGCGUGCCAAGUUCACAGCACGGUCAUACUCAUUGUUCCACGUACUACCAACCCUGAGCAAUACAGUAUUCUGUGACAGAUAUGUAGCAUUGGACGGAAUUCUCUCAAAUGGAUAGCUAUAGUUUUGAAACAACUGAAGAUGGUUCUUUAAAAAGGACAUUAUUGCAGCAUCUUCUGGGAUAGUAGUAGAUGUUUAGUUUUACUUUAUAUAAUCUACCUCUUUAUUCAUUUAAUCAAGACACUUCUCAGAACUGUAUAUUGAGAGACUGGGCUGAGGUAUUUGUCCUAUGUUUAGACUCUGAAAAGAACUUGUACUGCAAGGGAUUUUAAGAGCAUUAAGAAAUGGGUGAGUUCAUUGCUGUGGAGUUCCAAUUUGCCCACAUUACCCAUCAACUAAUCGUGUAUUAUUUUUUGUUACCUCCCCACCUGUCCCCCAUUUGUGAAUUUUUUUUUUGCCAAAUUCAAUGUGGUACAAAAUGCCCAUCAAGAGAAAAUGUGAAGGAAAGAAAACCAAUGUGAUUCCCAGAAACAUUGUUUAUACUGUGUGCAUCUGCAACGAUUGGUUUAGUGAGCCUUUCCCAUCUUUUUUGCUUUUCAUUUUUAUUUUGGGAUUUAAAGCUUUUAACUUGGAGUUUGAUUUUGUUUUAAACUACAAUACUUCAACAGUGGUUUGUGUUCCAUGGCCACUGGAGUUUUAUGUUCACUGAGCUGUAGAACACUAGUGUCAUUUCUAUAUUUUUAAACAAGCUCAGGGAGAACAUUUCGUGCCCUCACUUGGAUUUCAGUGAUGCAUAGGAUAUUUGUUGGUGUUUCUAUGCUCAACAAUGCAUCACUUGUCCAGAGGGAGCGUUUGAAUUAUCCAACAAUGGUGUUUGAAGACCCCGUGUUAAUGCUGGCAGAAAUGAGGUGAAUUGGCCAUAAUGAUUUCUAGUGUACUAAUGUAGCACUAGGUUGAUUUCGUACCUGGAGAUCUAGUGACAACAAUGACUUUGCUGCAAUUGAAUGUUCAGUGAGUCCAUCGACCCCCUCAGUUUAACAUUCACGCUACUAAGUGAUGCACAGAAUUUGCAACUACAAAAUGUUCUUCAAUGAAAUUGAUUGACUUGGGCAAUGAGGUGGAACGUGGGUGGUGGGGGAGUCAUGUUUGGUUAUGAUCAUUGUACAGAUCAUGUACUGGUGCCUGUUUCAUUUUGUACCUUUUCCUUUGGUGGAACAUAUUUUGUUUUCCUGCAGCAAUGGACUUGUUAAUCUAAAAAUAUGAAGGUGGUGACCAAGUACUGGCAAUGGCCAGGGUCAGGCAAACCCUUCUUGGUACCUCUGGGGAACAGCUAACUGCCUCAUUGGUCUGACUUAAAUAAAAUGCUUCCAGCUUGGUUAGUUGAGGAUGUUUCAAACUCUGCUGUGAUCUGGCAACAUGUUGGACCAGCGUAAUCAGUUUUUAAGCUUGGCCUGCUAGUUCCAGCAUGAUCAUCAGUGAUAAAUAUCCCUUGACUCUAAAACAGGAGCAAUAGAUUCCAUCCAGCAUGGGAUUCUCCACCAUUUUUUGAAAGACAGCUGAGACUGUUAUUUGCUCACCCUCCCAAGACCUAGAUUUGGAUGCUGUCUGAUAAUCUAACAUCCUAGGGUUUAUUUUAAAGAGGUCUGUGGAGUGUUGUCUAACUGUAGCACAAUCAUGUCAGCCAGAUAUUGCCUCAGUGACUUCAGUAUGGCUUUAGGUUAUCUUGGGCCUAAUUUUAAUAAGGUAUUUAAAAUGAUUCUGUGGUCACCAAUGAUGUAGAGCUCUUGUGUACAUAUAUAUUUUUUGUGGUAGGUUUUGAGCUUCAUUGGACUUUAAUAUUGUUCAGAAUUUCAUUUGAUAUUAAUACCCUAAUAAAUGCCUGUCUUGCCUAAAUAUACUUAACCUGUGAAAAUACAGAUCUCUGCCAGUUAAAGGAGAGAAGAUUCCUAAAGAACCUUGCAUUGUGCAAAAAUUUGUUUAGUGGGAGGUACAGUAAACCUUGAACUUUUGCAGUCGAUAACAGUUGCCGUGGAUGGUGGAAAAAGAAGUCAGAAGCUAGUGAUUGUCCUCCCUGUAAGGUUGCAGUAAGUAAAGAAGCAUACUGUACUUGUUUUGAGAAACUGAAGCAUACAAGUCAUUCAUCCAAUAGAUAUUGUUGCCUGAUGGAAGACGCAAGUCUUCGAGGUUUUUGCCCCCAUUUUUAAUAACUUUUAUUUUGCAGACUCUUUUCCGUUGACCCAAUCUAAAAGACUGCUAAAUGUUUCUAGUUUCCUUGGACCUGUGUUUGAAAGGUGAUCUCCAGAUGUGUUCCCUGAAUUUGCUCACUAUCUCCAGGUAGUGAGCAAAGCCUUUGUUAAGCAUCAAAUUAAAUUGACAAAUCUUCGCUACAAAGAGUUCGAUUAAAUGUUUUUUAACUGGGGGGGUAGGGGGGAGCUGUAUGGAAGGAAUUGAGCAGAUUCAAAUACUUAUAAUUUGUUUAAUAUAUGUCAUGGAAAUAUUUGGGACUUUGCAUGACCCAAGUAUUUCCAUAAUAUAUAGUAAACUGAAAUGUAAUAUAUUAUGGAAAUAUUUCCAUCAUAUAAAUUUCCAUUUAAUAGCCACCAUUUGAGGUCGAACACAAGUGAUCAUUGGCCAAUGUGAUCUUGUGAUAGAUGUGUUGUACAGAAGAGUCAUGUAAUCAAAAGUUUUUUCUUAUUAAGCAUGGCGUUUGCCAUCGAGCUUUUAUGUGAUUGGCUAAACUAAUCCAUUGGUGUUUGGGUUGGUAAGGCAUGGUGAGGGCGAUUUAUUGACUUGAGUUUGGAUUAAAGGUUUGCAAUGUUUUGAAGACUUUUUUUGGGCCCUCAGGGAUUAGUGUUGUGGGACAUGUGGUGUCUAGAUGCUGUCUGAUGCCCUACCAUUACGUGGCACAUGCGUGCAGGGUUGGAAAUAGUUAACCUGUUGUGCAGAGGUUUUCCUGUAUUAGUGAGAUGAGCUUUCAAUGGAAUCAAACCUGUCCAUUCAGUCGCUCACGAGGAUGAGUUUCUAGGUCCAUUUUCCCUCAUGUAGUGGGGUCCACUUGGCUGAGUGGAUGUAUCCCAUGUAUACCUGUGAGCUAAUGAAUUUAAGUGAAACAUAAAGUAGCAAUUUGUGAUAAAACUCAUGAAUGAAGGGGUUGAAGUGUAGAAGGUCUUUUAUAUAAUUGAAAAAUAAAUUGAAAUGGUCUUCUAAGGCCAAGGUAGCUUUAUAAAUGGUGAACAUGAGGCUUGUUAGAAAUAAUGCUUGACUUCUGCUGGCCAGUUAACACUGCAUCUAAAGAUGGUGUGGUUGUAGGUGCUCAAACAGUGGUGUUAACUAAUGAGCUUUGUUCACCUUUUUCCUAAAUGUAACCUGUCACUAUUUUCUUGGGCUGGUUGGAGCCUUGUGUUUAGAAUUGGCGAUGGAGGAUAAUUCUCAGGAUCUAUAACAAUUAGAUUCUGAACAUGUCACCUGUGUGGAAUUACGCUUGUAAUGGGCUGUUUCCGUGGUAAGAGCACAGUAGCUCCUAUGAAGAAUAUUUUGGUAUAAGUAUCAACCUGACUUAAUCAAUUGGAGGGACUUGCCAAAGACCCUGUUAUAGAAUGCAGGCUGACUGUUUCUCUUGGACCUUGUUACUGGUAAACAACAGCUGAAUGGAGCACUGGUACCCAUUGUAAUCUUGAACUGUUUUCUCUCCUUCCUUCUCUGCCUCUUCUCCCCAAAUCCCUUGCAACUCCCUUACAUGCUCCAUUAAUACCCACUGUAUAGCUGAGAGAAACGCAGCUUCAAAAAAAAUCUGCUUUUCAAAAUGUUUCUCAUUCUUCAAGUUUUCUGAACCUUCCUCUAGUUUGGCUGCUCCAGUUUUUUUUGUAACUUGUAUAUAAUUUCAAAAAAACUAAUUUUGUGAAGACAGUUAAAUAUUACCAUCUGUCACAAUUAAAGCCAUGGAUUUUCAGUUCAUCCUGGGGAAUUGCUAUAUUGUUGAGCAAGUUUUCUUUUGUUCCCUUUAAUUAUGUGUUUAUGGUAUAAGUGAUUGUCUAAUCAGACUGGAACAAUGCAGCAGCCUGUGCAUGACAAUGAUUUGUGUGUUUAAGCUGCCUCUGGGUGUACCAAUUGAAGUACGUUGUAUGAGAUGUCAGUAGAAAGGAAUUGUGAUCAUUGUAUACAAAUUUAUAUAAAAUAAAGAUGACAUAUUUUUGUACUUCAUUAAAUCUACUUGCAUGUCAGCAAUAAAUUUCAUACUGUAGAGAAGCUC